AUGGACAAGGAAGCAAAAAAACCCUCCUCCAAGACGGCGUCAUCGAAAGACAAACGGCCCAAGGACAAAGACAAGGCCAAGGACAAGGCAACGGACGAGUCCAAGGUGCACAAGCUGUCGCUCAAGGGCAGCUCCAGGCUGGUUGCUGAAUUUUUCCAAUACUCGAUACACACAAUCCUAUUCCAACGAGGCGUCUAUCCAGCAGAAGACUUCACAGCCGUCAAGAAAUAUGGCCUCAAUAUGCUCGUCUCGGCCGAUGACCAAGUCAAAGCUUACAUCAAGAAAAUCAUGAGCCAGCUCGACAAGUGGAUGGUUGGCGGCAAAAUCUCCAAGCUCGUCAUCGUCAUCACCGACAAGGACACAGGCGAGCACGUCGAACGAUGGCAAUUCGAUCAACAAGAAAACACGUCCUCCACAACCCCCCUCUUCGCCGAAAAGGACAAGCCUGAGGCCGAGAUCCAGGCUGAGAUCGCCGCCAUCUUCCGCCAAAUCACCGCCUCCGUCACAUUCCUCCCCCAGCUCAGCGGCGACUGCACAUUCAACGUCCUCGUCUACGCCGACGCGGACAGCGACGUCCCCGUGGAAUGGGGGGACUCGGACGCAAAGGAGAUUGAGAACGGCGAGAGGGUGCAGCUGAGGGGCUUCAGCACGGCGAACCACCGGGUCGACACCAUUGUCAGCUACAGAUUGGGGGACUAA